CGGCACUGUAGGAACGCUGUUAAGUAUGGGCAGUCAUGGAGUUCCCCGCUACCAAUUGCAGGAGCGGUCGGAGGAAGCGCGCCAGCAGGAGCUUCACAAGAUUGAAAAAUACAAAUAUCUGGAAGGACUAAUUUGCGAAAGAAUUGCGGAGCAUCAGUAUACACCGGAAACGUUGCAGAAGACCACCGAGCUGCUGACCAGCAACCCGGAGUAUUAUACAGUAUGGAACUAUCGACGUCAAGUUCUCCAGCACCUGUUCUGUCUGGAAAAAUCAGACGAGCCUAGCAAAAUAGUAGGCUUGAUCGAAAGUGACUUGCAGUUCCUGGUCCCCCUUCUCCGUCGUUUCCCAAAAUGCUACUGGAUUUGGAAUCACCGCUCGUGGCUGCUCAACGAAAGCAAGCUCUUACUCCCAGCCCCGACUGCCCGUAAAUUCUGGCAGGCAGAGCUUGGACUUGUGAAUAAGAUGCUUAGUCUUGACAGCAGGAAUUUCCACGGCUGGGGUUACAGACGCUUAGUCGUGCAGUCACUGAAGAUGCUCACUCCAGACAGCGAUGAGCAGAAGAAAAUAUCACAGGAAGAGUUUGAGUAUUCAAAGAAGAUGAUAGGGGCAAACUUGUCGAACUUCUCGGCAUGGCAUUACAGAACUAAGCUUAUCCAGCAACUUUUGAAUGAAAAAUUUGCUGGGGAGGCUGAGCGACGGAAAAUGCUUGAUGAUGAGCUGGAUCUCAUACACCUCGCACUAUGUGAUCCAUAUGACCAGUCCUUGUGGUUCUACCAUCAGAACCUGAUGUGCAGCUUCGACCCAGCAACCGCAGCUCAGACAAUGGCUCCUCAUCUGACCAACGCUGAGCGGCUAGACUACAUCCGACAAGAGAUCGAGAUAAUCCAGGAGAUGCUGGAUGGUGCAGAGGACUGUAAAUAUAUCUACCAGGCACUGAUCGAGUGUACGCUUCUGGCUUCCAAGGUCGAGGGGGCCAUGUCUAGUGCGGACAGACAAAAUGUUUUGAGCUGGCUCUCGGAACUCCAGGGGUUGGAUCCACUGAGGAAGGGGCGGUGGCUAGAUUUGAGGAGGACGCUUUCGGGAGUCAGUGAGUGAGACAUGGAUAUCCUGGCCAUUCUUUUGCAGCGAGAACUAUUAUUAUCAGAACGUUGUGACGAUUCCCCUUAAAGACAGGCAGAAUACUACCGCCCUGGACACCGCAUCACGGGGUUACAGGGCGUGACGUGGUCUGUAACAGGAAAUCCAUGGAUAUUCUAUAAUGAUAUGAUAGUUCUGUCUGUACGCGUUUUCUCCUUAGCCUUGGGAAUUCAUCAUUUCUAGA